AUGAGCGAAAGUCUUGUUAAAGUUGAAAUACCACCUAGGCUAACAAACGGUAUACUGCUAUACGUAAACCGUAACCUUUCUUCUGCCAAAUCAGUCCUACCGCCUGGUGGUACGACUGGUAAAGUUGGUGAGUUAGACAAUAAUGUCGAGGGAAAAGGUAAGGUGGGGUGCGAAGCUAACUUGGUGGGCCGUAGCCCACAAGAUAACCGAAACACUACCACCGAACCCGAUCCCGCAAACCAAUCGAUCAAUUCGACGUUCCAGAGCCUAGCUACGGUCAUACACAAAAAGACCAGGGCUAGAGCAUUAGAUGAGAAUGAGAUUCGUCGCCGUCAGAAUCGUAACGCUGAGAGGAUUGUCCGUCGCUUUGCCAAAAGGUCUCCCGAGUCCCUUACGGCAAAAGAGCGAGUAGCACUGGACAAAUCAAAUCAACGUUUACGUGCAGCGGCAGAACAGAGAACUGCGGGCACUCCUAGCACCUCCAAAAGAGCUAGGAACGAUGCCAAUUCACCCACCAGCUCUUCGCCUAAUAAGACGAAGAAGAAGCGCAGAACCUCUCAGGUUAGCGUAAAAGGCCACCAUGUCGCCAUAGCCGAUUAUGGUAAGCCUUCACGCAAACUGACUGAAGACGAAUGGCAUCUCCUUGAACUAAGGAUCCUGGAGCAAGUCAAUGAGGCUAUCGUCAAGAGCUGGACGGUUCCACUCUUCGGUAACCUUAAGACUGUCCAUGGUUUCAAAGUGAUGCAUUGUGAGAAUGAUAUGACUCUCGAAUGGCUUCGGGAGUUCAUACAAAAAACGUCAGCUCCAUGGCAAGGCGCCGAAUUGCGUCUGAUCGACGUAAAGGAGAUAAAAGAUCUCAACAGACCUCUUGGAAGGCUGUUAGUCAAAGGCCCGACCCUUCCCAACGAACGACUUGAGAGAUACAUCCUAUCUUUGAAUAGUGAUCUCUUGAGCAGAGAGUGGGAAGUGGUCAAGAAUGAAAGAACGGAUGAUGGCACCGAAGUGGUGGUAAGAUUGAGCCACAAAUCUUUACCACUCCUGAGGAAGGCUGACUUCAAGAUACGCGUUGGAAUCACUAGGUGCAAACUUAGGUUGAUUCGCAACGAUAGAAAACAGUAAAGCCGCAACCGCUAACCUUGUCUACCUCAUGGAGAGUAGACAAUACGACGUAGCCCUGAUACAGGAACCCUGGGUUGUAAGAGGGAAUAUCAAGGGUCUACAAUCU